UAUUUGCGUAAUAUCUCGAGCGCGCAAAACGCCGUAAAUAACAAGGGGGGAGCCUCCAAACCAGGGAGGAGACGCAGGGACACCCGGUCGCUGUGUUCCGGCUCGCAGCGGAGGAGAGCGGGGCGGCGGAGGAGCGGAGGAGCACAGCGACGCGGAGCCGCAGGGAGUUAGAGCCAGAAAGCCGUCAGUUCAGUUCCUGCUGACAUCCUCACUCUGCGGCCUCGACCCGAGCGAAACGGAGCAGAAAUGCCGGGGAUGAUGGACAAGGGCUCGGAGUACCUGGGGAAGGGCCGCUCCAACGGCACCAAGAGCCCGUCCGCCGCCUCCAACGGACAUUUUUCUGACGAGAGUGGCAGCGACGACGAGCACGAUGUGGGGAUGCGGGUCGGCUCGGACUACCAGGCCAGUAUCCCCGAGUUCGAGCCCGGUGCCACUAAGUACACAGAUAAGGACAGUGGAGGGAUGCUGGUCUGGUCUCCGUAUCACACCAUCGUCGACUCCAAACUGGACGAGUACAUCGCCAUCGCCAAGGAGAAGCACGGCUACAACGUGGAGCAGUCUCUGGGGAUGCUCUUCUGGCACAAACACAACAUCGAGAAGUCUCUGGCCGACCUGCCCAACUUCACCCCGUUCCCCGACGAGUGGACGGUGGAGGACAAGGUGCUGUUCGAGCAGGCCUUCAGCUUCCACGGCAAGAGCUUCCACCGCAUCCAGCAGAUGCUGCCAGACAAAUCCAUCUCCAGCCUGGUGAAGUACUACUACUCGUGGAAGAAGACCCGCUCCAGGACCAGCCUGAUGGACCGGCAGGCCAGGAAGCUAGCCAACCGCAGCAACCAGGACGACAGCGACGAGGAGAUGGAAGAGGCCAAUCCCAUCGAGGCGAACGACAGCGACUACGACCCCAACAAGGAAACCAAGAAAGAGAACCAGGUGGAGCCUCCGGUCCCGGGCUCCAAGGUGGGUCUGGGCCGCCGGGAGCACCAGACCCUGCAGCACCGGCACCACCAGCGCUCCCGCUGCCGCCCGCCCAAAGGCAUGUACCUGACCCAGGAGGACGUGGUGGCCGUGUCCUGCAGCGCCUCGGCCGCCAACACACUCCUCCGCCAGCUGGACAUGGAGCUGGUCUCCCUCAAGAGACAGGUGCAGAACGCCAAGCAGAUGAACAGCGGCCUCAAACACCUGAUGGAGGCCGGCAUCGACGAGUUCAGGCUUCCUGAGUGCAACCAGAAGGUGAACGCCCGCUGGACCACCGACGAGCAGCUGCUGGCCGUGCAGGGCGUCAGGAAGUACGGGAAGGACUUCCAGGCGAUCGCCGACGUCAUCGGCAACAAGACGGUGGGCCAGGUGAAGAACUUCUUUGUGAACUACCGGCGGCGGUUCAACCUGGAGGAGGUGCUGCAGGAGUGGGAGGCCGAGCAGGGCACCCGCGCGCCCAACGGGGACAGCGCCGCCUCUGGAGAGGAGGGGAAGAACAGCUCCACCACUCCGUCCGGGAAGAGCACCGACGAGGAGGACGAGGAGGGCCAGGUGACCUCCACAGGUGCAUCUCCCGCGACCUCCUCCUCCUCCUCGGCUCAGACUCCCGUGACGUCCAGCACCUCCUCCUCCUCCUCCUCCUCCUCCCUCCACCAGCCUCCUCCGCUGCUCCGCCCGUCGCUGCCGGCCACGCCCUCCCUGCACCGCCAGCCCCCGCCCCUCCAGCAGCAGGCUCGCUUCCUGCAGCCCCGCCCCGCCCUGCACCAGCCCCCGCCUCUCAUCCGGCCCUCCAACCCCCUGCCCCCGCGCCUCAACCCCCGCCCUCCCGCCCCCGUUACCCUCGGCAACAACCCCGGCAACCCCGGCGGGUCGGGUCCGAGCUCCGCCCAGCAGCCGUCCGGCCUGGCGGUCCACCAAUCAGAGAUGGCGUCCUCUUCCUCGCUCCACUAGCAGACAUGAGACUGACCUGGGAGAUGAUGUCGCGUUGUAGUGGAGUCUGUCUGUGAUGCUGCAUUCAGGUCUUAUGGGAAUUCUCUGAUUCAGAACAGUCACCUGGAAGUGUUCGCGCUUUCAGACCACCGUCACUCUGAAUCCGCACGAGACGCCGCGGGUUUAGUUUCCUGUCAGCUGAUCUGCUUUUUCACUUCGUGUUUUACAGAAACAAGCUAAACAUUCACUGCCUUUACAGUCACUUCACCAAUCAGAUCGCUCUGCGGUCCGUGAGUUGCCGUGGAAACAGAACGCCGGUUUCCAUCAUCAGGUUAAGGGAUGAAGAGGAAGCCGGUUAGCGCAGGUAGAAACCCCAUCACUGUCACCAUGGAAACCCUUACUCGCGUUUCUGAACGGCUUUUUUCCGUGCGAGCGUGUGCACAAAAAGAGGGCGGAUAAUGAUAAACACAAUAAACACACACACACACACACACACACACACACACACACGCCCGGUAAUUUGAGGGUGACGUUACUUCUGAUUCAAAUAAAAGGAAGGGAAAAACACAUCUGUCGUCAUCAGUCUUUGAAACAGAGGGGGUGGAGCUUAGCUGUCUGUCUGCCAAUCAGACUCAGCACUGCCAUCACCAUGGUAACAGUCCAGUGAAUGUCAGGGGUUAUUGAGAAAUGCGUGUAUACUGGGGUUUUUGAGUAAUCACAUGACCUGAUUUCCUGCCAGGACCCGGUUACUCACAAUAAUCUGGUUUCUGGUCACCAUGGAAACGUUGAAAGUGUAAAAGUCAAUCACAAACCCAAAGUCCAGCGGGUAUCCUGGUGUCCUGCCGUGACGUCACAGAACGACCGGUCUUUCCCGUAGGACGUAAAUGCAGCAUAAUUGCAUUUGAUUCGUUGAUGGCCAUCCUUUUGUUGUGACAUCACUAAAAGUCUUCUGAAGUCUGAACGGAGGCCUGUCACAUGAUGUGGGGGGGGGGGAGGCGGCCAUUCUGGAAGAGAAACAAACAACAAAACUAAAAAACUACUGUCGUCAUUUCCUUCCUCGACCAAAGAGAACAAGAGAGUCUCUGUUCUGUGCGGUGCGAUGCUAAUAUCACGUUUACUCGCCUUUUACCUUUUACGACAUCAGUCUCUUAAUGUUUUAUGCUAGCGGCUUGAUUUUUACACGUGGAGUCCCACAGGGUUCAUGCCCGGGCCCCAGUUUGUUCUCCAUUCAUGUGUUUCCACUCGGACAUACAGAACAGAGAGGAUCAGGCCGGACCGAUCGGUUCUGUUUCAAAAGCAGAAUCGCUCCUGAGAAACGUCAUGUCUCGUAAAAUGUGUCAAAAAUUUGCAGAAUGUAAGUUUGUUUUUUUUUUUUCAUCCUUUAUUUAGUUUGGAAGGUCCCAUUGAGAUACAACAGCUCCUCCUCCAGGCGGCUCUGGUCACGACGGCAGCACAGUUUUAAAAACAUAAAAACACGAGUUUCAGAGUGGUAGUCCUGUUUGUCGCCUGUUUUCACCAAACACGUUUCCCUCUGUGCACGGCGAGGGUCGCUCGGACCAAUCAGAGAGCGCGUAGCUGCUUCGUUCCUCCACGUUUCGACUGUGAUGAUUUACCUGUCGGUGGUUGUGCUAGCACAGCCACGAGAAAACGUCCAGAUCAUGGAAAUCCUUCUGAGACGGAUCAGAAGGACAAGAAAUAUUAGAAAUAUUUUCAAAGUGAGUUUCAAAACAUGUAAAUGGAGAUAGAACUGGGAACAUUUCCCCUGUGAAACCAGUGCGAUGUACGACCUUCCCUGCUCUGUUGACUGAGCAUCAGCUAUGUUUAAAAUAAAUAUGUUUAAAGUAACUUCUUAAACCUCAUUUUUAUAAACUUGUCAUUAAUUGUGCUUGACCCUGUAUCUGUGGUUGAUCUUUGUUUCUUGUCGUUUCUUCAUAUUUCCUAAAGCUUUGUUCUUUGCUCGAUGUAUUUUGGGGGUUUGGACUUUGUGUUUUGAAAAGCAAUGCAAUGUAAAUAAAGAUUAUUUUAGAUUAUUGUAACUCAAACGGCAUACCACCGCACAGAAAUGAGAUUUGUUUUUUUGUUUUGUUUUGUUUUGAAACAUCAGAUUGAGUCGUACAUUUUGUUUUUGCUCCUCCAACAUGGCCGCUUGUCCUCGGUAACCACGGUAACUUGGCUGAAGCCUCUUGACAGGCGUCGUGUGAGUGUGUGUGAGUGUGUGUGUUGGGUGGAGAUGAGCUGGUGUCGGGGGUCAGUGUUUUGUGCAGUAGCUUAGACGUUUCCCUCUGCCGUUCGGUGAAACCUGCCAACCCGACGGAUCAGCCUCGUCACCGCCUCUGAGCUCGAAGCAAACGGGAAGGAAAACACAACAUGACGCGUGUCCGUUUGGUGUUGGACGGCUUCUUACGUUCUCCAAGGGACGGAGCUCUGUUCUUCCAGAAAACAGGGGCGGAGCUACAGAAAUAUCCAUGGGCGGAGCUAAAGAGUGGCAUGGAAAUCAUAUAGGGCAGCAGACAGACAGAUGGAUAGACCAGUUUCACUCUUUGUACGUUUCCCACCAGCCACAACAUUUACAUUUUUUCCUAUCAGAUUACCCAAACUGGGGUGGCAGCUGCCAGCCCGGGCCACCUGGUAGCUCCGCCCCUGCCAAAAGAUACUGCACCAUAUUAAUAUACUAUCAGAUAUUAUAGCAGGGCAGCAGGGGUUAAAGCGUCAUUACAAAAAAAAAAAAAUGCUGAGUCAUCCUUCACCACCUUGUGGGCAGGUGUGGCGUCCACCAAGGCUGCGUUCACAAGUCAAAGUCGUCCAGAUCCGAUUUUUUUUCUCCCAUUGCGACACAGAUCAGAUUUUUCCCGAGCAGUGAGAACGCAAACUGAUGUUUUCAAAUCAGAUUUGGACUUCAACAUGUUUUUGUUUUUUGUUUUUUAAAUCGGCUACACUGCAGUGUCAGGACAACAGCAGCAGGUAGACAAGAGGCUUCAGGUGUAACGGAGACAUGGGAAGACGCUUCGGUCCCAGCCCUUGUCUGCCUCACCUGCUGAACAUCUCAUUAACUGGUGAUGAUGAUGAUGGACUUUCAUGCAAAUUACUUUUUCAUUUUUUCUUUUUUUUUCAGCCUGUAUGCCUGUAGAUGUGUGCGUGCUGAGUCAUGGCAGAGCUCUGAUGUCAGAUUUGGUCGUGUACAAAUGUGAGUGUGAACAGUCAUCAUGGCUAAAAGAUUGAAAAAAAAAUCAGAAUUCGGUCACUUUAAGCCGCAGUUUGAUGAGGAGGAUGAUGAUGAUGAUGAUGAUGACGAGGGAAAAUCUUCUGGAUGAACAGAGCUCCGCCCCUCCGGAAGAGCUCCAGACACCAAACCAACACACACCAUGCUGGGUUUUAUUUUGAAGACCCCAUGAAAUGGACUCACUCACUUUGUUGAUUUGAUGUAUUUCCUGUCCUUUAUUGGCUGAAAUUGUAACUUGCGGCCACUGGAGCAGGAUGACGUCACUGUGUGAGGAAGCAGAGGUCAUGUGAGGUCACUUCGUGGGGGCUUUAACCUGCCAGCCGGUGUGUACCUGCUGAAGAACCGCAGCACACGACGAGCUCCUCGGGAAAUCCCUCAGUGUUUAAAAAAGUUGCAGAGGCCCUGUUUUGUAGAAAUGUCUCCUGUAGUCAAAAUGUUCCCCAGGUGUUCCUGAAGAAGCUCCAUCCGUCUGGUUUCCCUCAUGUUCAGACUAAACUCUGUGGAAAGCUGCAGGCGUGCUGUCCGUCUCUGCUUUAUUUAUUGGCCCAGCGGUGCUGUCCGGCCCGGACUCGGGGUGCAGAUCAGGGUGGAGGUGCUCUUAACGCUUUGAGGACCCACGCAGGACGGGAGCAUCGCAGCGUUUCAUGUAUGAACUGGAAGAACCCUGUAGGUAGAACCCGCCAAGGUUUCAGUAGAACGUGUAAAAUAAAUCUGGAUGUGAGACGAA